AUGGAGAGCAACGGAGUCGUCCAGGAUAUUUCUGAAAAGAAGAAAAAGCGAAAAAUCCCCGAUAUGGAAACUCCCCAAUUUGGAAGCGCCAACGUGGGCGUCAAUUCGAGUGCCAAUUCCAGUGCCAGAGUUUAUACCUAUCCUAACACGAGUGCUUUUAACCAAUACCGAAACAAAAAAAAAAUCAUCAAGCUGAAGAAUAGGAAAAUAGAAGACCUCUUCGUCAUAAGGAACUUCCUACCCAUAUGUGAAGAAUUUCUCGUAAAGCAACAUGAGAGUAUUUUUUCAACCUUGUUGCCAAAACAGGAUGAAGAAAAGAACAAGACGAAAGGGAAGGAGGAGUUGCCACAGGCCAUUACGAAGAGGGAACCAGGACAAGAUGAAUCCGAAUUAGACAGGGGAUCGGUUCAACUGGAACAAACCAACGAUCAUAAUGGAGGCGGGAUAAAGGUAGACGCAAGCGUCAGCGACAGCGUUGAUGAUUUGGGGGAUGGCCCCACGGCGGACAGCGAAAAGGGCUCUUCGCCGAACCACUCCAACCUGUACAAAAACUACGUGCAACAUACGAAGCAGUGUCUGAGGGAAAUGGACCUGCCCUUCGACAGAGCAGUCCUCCUGAACAUAGUAGACAAAAAAGACAAUACAAACAAAAUAAUGAAAAUUGUAAAUAAAAAAAAAGUCAUCAGUGCAUUUGGAGAUACAUGGGAGUACAUGAUUGAGCACAUCAUAUCUCUAAAGGAACACAAAAAUCUUAUGAAGAUAUACGACAUAUACGAUGAUGAUAAGAAUUUCUAUAUGAUUAUGGAAAAGCUACAUGGGAAGGAGCUCUUCAGCUUUUUGGUUUACAAAAAACAGGUCAAGGAAAGUGUGUGCAAAUAUAUACUGAGCCAGAUAUUCCAAGCCGUGAAUUACCUGCACCACCAUAAUAUUAUACAUAGGGAUAUAAAACCGGAGAAUCUUAUGUUUAGAAAUAAAAAGAGGAAGGACAAAACGUAUGAAUAUAAUUAUGAAUUAGUUCUAAUCGAUUUUGACACUUGUCAGUUUGUUUAUCCUCCCACGUAUGACCAUGUCCAUGGUUUGUAUUACUCUCCUGCAUCUGCCAAUAUGCGCAGGAGCGUUUCUCCAUCUUCCAGUACAAACGGCACACCGAGUGCUUGCACCAAAUUGUGCACACAUGAUGAAGUAAAAAAAAUGGAACAGAACAAAGGUUCUUUUCUUCCUGGGGAAAUGCGUAAAGGGUGUUCUAAACGCUUUAGUGAGAGAAGUACAAAUGGGAAUAGCACGCAAGAGCAGAGAAGCGGUACAUCUAACUUGUCCCAUCACUCCGGACGACAACAACCACGAACCAAAUCCUCCUCAGGAAAGAAACACAUGAAGCUUGUUGGCACAUACGGCUACAUUGCUCCUGAAAUAAUUAAAGGGCAUAAUUAUUCAAUCCUAUCAGACAUGUGGUCCAUAGGAAUUAUUUUUUACAUUCUGAUGACGGGCAUUACCCCUUUGCCCAUGUGUCUAAUGGUGAAUUACAAAAAUACAAAGGAUAUUAUUUUAAAGAAGGAAAAGAAAGGAAUUAAUUUUAGCUUGCUUUCUUUUAAUAGUUACCCCUUGGCAAGGGACCUAUGUGAGAAGUUGUUGCAGUUUGACCCAGCUGAACGCAUGCCAAAUUCUGUGAUCGCAUCGCAUCAUCCUUGGUUAAGAUAUUUCAAUAUGUUGGGGAGAAACAUCAACCUCUGUGCAUCUGAGAGAGAGUACCUAUCACAUUAUCACCUGAAUCAGAACCCGUUGCAUGAUGCAACUUACCUGAAGAAUAAAAGACCUUGUUAUGAGGACAGGAAUUGUCAUGUCAUCCUCCCAUACCAUAUGCACCAACACGUGUACCAGAAAAAACAUUUACACCCCUUUGUGUCGCACUCCAAUGAGCAAAGAUACUACUACCUCAUCAACCAAGGGAUAAAAAAUUACUACGUGGUGGGCAAGGGCAUCCUCCCCCAUCCAGGAUUGUCUACCUCCCUCGAGAAGUUCCCAUAUGGCCCAGGGGAUAACCUCAACGGGGGCACGCUACCUGUGUGUGACGAGAAGGUGCUUGUCACGUCGUCCUCUAUGGACAACGACUUUGAGGGGAAAAGCCAUCCGGUCAUUUAUUACGAGGAAGAGGACAGCAAACACACCCCAAGGAUAUCUCACCACUUUACCAACACCCACAAUGACCGUGACGGUAAAUGUAACGGUGACGGUGGCUGCAUACACCCCGGUGAGGGAACAGCAUCCGUUCGACACGCGCAGAAGAUGAGAAGGGGAGAGGACGACGAAGAGGAGGUGGAAGUAUGGGGGGAAGUGUCCAGGGAAGAUGACCCGAGAGAGGAGGAUGAAAAAGCGGAGAGUGCACGAACGAUACGACCUGUUCGCACAAAAACGGGAAAACUGUUGACAAAUGUGAAGGGAAAAGUCAAUGGUGCAGAUCUGCACGAGAGUAAAAAAUAUAACAAUGGAAGAGCUCACCGAUAUAUCCUUACUCAACAGAAUUUACGCAGUCGUGAUAAUAACCACCUCCUCACUGCAACCCUUGAUCCUAUUUCCGUCCACCCAGACGAUGAACCCCCUCCAGACUGCAACAACUUUGUAGAACUGUUCGAACAUUUAAUUGAAAAGAAAAAAAGAAAUUUCACCAUGAAAGGGAAAUCAUUUGAUCAGCUUCCUCCAAUUGAUAAUCCGUUUCCCAUGUACUACGUAGCGAAUGAUAAAGAAGUGAACGAAACAAACGGCGAGAUAGACAGACUCUUCAACAGAAAGGAACACACCACCACGAAAGAAAAAAGUGUAGAAUACAUACCAACAAAAAAUUUGUCAGAAAUAUUUUCCUGUCCCCCUAUGUGUAUAAUCCCGCAGAAGGAUCCUAUGAGGACGAUUCAAAUUGACCAAGAGUAUAAAAGGGGAUAUGAUUUUUCUCCAACUAAACACCUUCACAUACCACAUAGUCAUCUCGCUCUUUCACACAAAGGAGGGAGACACAAAGUAAUUUUUCUUCCACAGCCUCUGCCUCGUUCUCUUCUCCCCCUUGUAUACCACCACUCUAACGAAUUACGAAACACUAUUGUGUUAAAUGAUAAGGGCAACCAAACAAACAGCAGUGAAGAAGACAUCGUUGAAGUGAUCACCAAGGACAGAAAUUCCAGCACGUGUUAUGCCAAUCUGCCAACCAAUGCGUAUGAACCUUGCCAAGUGACUAAUGUGUAUGAGACAUCCAACAGUUUGAAUGAAACACAGGAAGAGCAAAUGACUCUCCACGAGGGACACAAAAAUGGCAUGCACAGUGAUAGUCAGCAUGACGGGCUGCAUGUCACUUUGGCGAGAACCUCCACCAGCAGUAAUAGGAUCCCUGAAAACGGCGCCAGAAAUAUGUCCCCAACAAAAAAUAAGGCUCCACCGAUAUAUGUAAACUAUCGCAGGGCUUACAAAAAUAAAAUUGAAAAAAUGGUUCCCACUAUGUUCAGAGAAAAUUAA